AUGUCCUCCAUGCUGCUUUUAUCUCUUCUUCCCCUUCUUCCUCGACAGGCCAUCGACCUCGACGGCCCAACCAUCCCUCCACCUAGCGGUUCUGUUUCCAAUUUCGACAGCCCUCCAAAUGGAAAUCAUAUCGCUAUCCCCAUUAUCAUUCUAUGUGCUGUCAUCAGUGCCAUCUCGUAUUCGAUUCGAAUUUAUGCUAAGUAUGUGAUGAAAAAGGUCAACACUUCUGACUACUUGGCCGUCAUCGCUUUUCCCCUCUACUGGGUAUAUAUCUAUUAUAGCUAUCGACUCAGCGAGACAUCUGGCUACCUCGUUCAUGAAUGGGAUAUUCGCCUGAAAGACAUUUCGGCCUUUUCAUACAUUUGCUGGCUUGCUACCCUUCUAUAUCUAUGGAUCAUAGCCCUCGUCAAAUGCGCAAUCAUGCUUGAAUGGACGCGAAUAUUCGCCCCUGAAGGAACGAACACCUACCUCAGCUGGUCAUGGUACGCCACUGGUGCUGCCAUAUCUCUUCUUUCGACUAUCAUCUUCAUUAUGGACCUGGUCAAUUGCACUCCUUUCUCUGGAAACUGGGAUGUGUUGGUUGCUGGGCGGCACUGCCGUUUUAGUGUUCCUGCCUUUGGACUGGCAUCAUCAAUAGUCAACCUCACACUGGAAAUCAUUCCUCUUGUUCUCGUACAGAAAGUUAUUUGGGGGCUACAUAUGUCCUGGAAGAAGAAGUUGGGUUGGCUGCGCUGCAAGUACCGUCAGAUUAUACUUCGCAACCCAAUUCUACGUCUCAAAUGA